UGCUGGCGGCUUCCGGGCUCGGCCGAUUCGAGGGCGCGUCCCGGACUUCGAGGCAGGGCGGCGGGGCCAGCGGAGCCGGAUCGGCCGGAGGGAGGGAGGGAAGGCAGGGCACGCAGCAUGGCUUCGGGCUCUUACAAUGUCAGUCGCGCCUUCUCCAAGGCGGCUCCGCUGGAGAACCGGCCGGACAACACGGCCUUCACCCAGCAGCGCCUGCCGGCCUGGCAGCCGUUGCUGUCGGCUGGCACGGUGCUGCCACUCUUCUUCGGGCUGGGCAUAGCCUUCUUGGCCGUCGGGCUGGGCCUUUUCUUCACCUCGGAGGCCAUCCUGGAGCUGGAGCUGGACUACACGGGCGCGCCGGGCACCAAUUACACGGGCAUGCCACGCACCAACUGCUCCACCUGUGCCCGCUUGACCAACAGCAAGGAUCCACGCCGGGUACGCUCCUGCCAGUGCGGGUUGCACUUCAAGCUGCCCGUCGCCUUCCCGUUGCCCGUCUGCCUCUACUACCAGCUCUCCAACUACUUCCAGAACAACCGACGUUACAGCAUCUCCCGGGACGAUGAGCAGCUCAGCGGGGUGACCUGGGCACUGCGCCACCCUGAGCAGGAAUGCAAGCCUUACCGGUACAACAGCGAAGGGAUGCCCAUUGCGCCCUGCGGGUCGAUGGCCAACAGCCUCUUCAACGAUACCUUUGAGCUCUUCUACCAGAUGGCCAACGGCUCUCUGGCCAAAGUGACCUUGGAUAAACGGGGUAUCUCCUGGUGGACGGACACCAACGUCAAGUUCCAUAAUCCGGAGCUGGUCAACGACAGCCUGUGCGACGCCUUCAUUGGCACGGCCAAGCCUCCCUUCUGGUCCCGUCCGGCCUGCAAGCUGGACCCCUACGACCGUAACAACACGGGUUUUGUCAAUGAGGAAUUCAUCGUCUGGAUGCGCACGGCUGCCCUGCCCACCUUCCGAAAGCUUUAUGGCCGCAUUCGCCAUGACAACUUCUCGGCGGCACUGCCCCCGGGCACCUACUACCUGAACAUCGGCUACAAUUACCCCGUGCUGGGUUUCCACGGGAGCAAGAAGAUCAUCCUGAGCACCCUCUCAUGGAUGGGGGGUAAGAAUCCCUUCCUGGGCAUUGCCUACUUGGUCCUGGGCGCUGCCUGUAUCCUGGGCGGCAUCCUCAUGACGGUGGUCCAUUUCAAAUACCGGCACCAGAUUGACGAUGACGAUGAUUAGGAGGCCAAGCCUGACUUUGUCCUUCUCAGGUCUCUUUGGAGAUGUUGGACACCCCAUCAUUCCGUAGGUCAGGGGAACUCCAACCUUGGCAACUUUAAGACUUGUGGACUUCAACUUCCAGAGUUCCGAGUUGAAGUCCACAAGUCUUAAAGUUGCCAAGGUUGGAGUUCCCCUGCCUUAGGUGGCAUGACGAAAGGCUGGGAGAUGCUGAUGAAGUUAUCCAGAAAGCUGACAGCCAACAUCUGGAGAACAUCAGGCUGGAUGGACUUCGGAAAGCGGUGAAUAAUCGGACCUCUGCGAGAAGUGAGCUCAAUGCUUCUUGACACAUGAAGAAUGAAUUUAAGUCUAUGGUGUAGCUUUUCUUGAAAAUAAGGGUUCAUCCUUUUCAGCUCCGUAAUUUUUCAAGAUGGGGAAGUUGAUUCUUGGGAAAAAAGGCACGGGGGAAUUGAGUGCCGCCAUUUGUAAUCAUUAGAAGUUUGAUAUGAAGGGUGUGGCUAACACAACAUUGUUUGGGGGAACUUAUGAAGGGACUUCUCCCAAACGAACUAUUGUUUAAAUGUGAAUGUUGGAAACUAUCAUCUAACUUGGAUCUUAGAUCUGGCCUGUUCUUAAAUACUGGGGGGGGGGAUAACUCAGCAUUUGUUGUUUACACUAUGUUUACUCACGGUUAACUGUACUAUAUGUUGCUGAUUCUCUGAGAUGGUAUUGAAUGUUUGGGAUAAAUUCAGUUGGCUAAUUUACAGUCAGCCUAUUGUGCAAAUCUAGCCAAUGAGAAAUGUAUACAGCUAGUCCUCGACUUAUGACCACAGGUCAGCCCCGAAUUUCUGUUGCUAAGCUGAGACAGUUGUUAAGUGAAUUUUGCCCCAUUUUACAACCUUCCUUGCCACAGUUGUUAAGUGAAUCACUGCAAUUGUUAAGUUAGCAAACUGGUUAUUAAGUGAAUCUGGCUUCCCCAUUAAUUUUGCUCGUUAGAAGGUUGCAAAAGGGGAUCGCUUGAUCCCGGGGCACUGCAACUGUGAUAAAUAUGCCAAAUAUGCCAAGCAUCUGAAUUUUAAUCACAUGACCAUGGGGAUGCUGGAAAUGGUUGUGUGAAAAACAAUCGUAAGUCACUUUUUUCCAAUGCUAUUAUAACUUUGAACAGUUACUAAAUGAGCUGUUAUAAAUUUGGGACUACCUGUAAUAAAGAUUAUCAUUUUAUUAUUAUUUACGUUUUCACCAAGAUAGAACAGAAUAGAAUAACAAGAGUUGGAAGGGACCUUGGAGGUCUUCGAGUCCAACCCCCUGCUUAGGCAGGAAACCCUACACCACUUCAGAUAAAUGGUUAUCCAACAUCUUCUUAAAAACUUCCAGUGUUGGAGCAUUCACAGCUUCUGGAGGCAAGUGGUUCCACUGAUUAAUUGUUCUGUCAGAAAAUUUCUCCUUAGUUCUAGGUUGCUCAUCACUUUGUUCAGUUUCCAUCCGUUGCUUCUUGUCCUGCCCUCAGGGGCUUUGGAGAAUAGCUUGACUCCUUCUUCUUUGUGGCAGCCCCUGAGAUAUUGGAACACAGCUAUCAUGUCAUUCCUAGUCCUUACCCAACUCCAGCAACCGUCCUUAUGAAGCUUGCAAAUCUGAUGCACAGAACCUUCUUAGUGGGUUUGGGCUUCGAAAGGAACUUUGAUUUUCUUGAUUGGAGUGGAAUUUGCUGUUCUUUUAUUCUGCUUGCUUUACUUCUUACAAAAUGAGUUACUCUCACAAGUCAUUCUGGUUAGUGUCAAUGCACCUUUAUUGUUUGCAAGCAGUUUCCUACCUUCAGACCAGAAAAACUCAUUCCCCACCCCAUUGAGUACCCCUCCCCCUGCCCCCGAGCCAAUGCAAGGAGCUUUGUCAAAAAGUAAUUUUGAUUUCAUUUAUAUUUUGUCAUUUGAGGCUCCGAGGAUACUUCCCCCCCUUCCUUCAUCCUCUACUUCAGAAAUCCUUGAACCACGGAAGUUAUUUUCUUAAGAUUGUAGAUCACUCAGUUGCUGUGUAGUUCAAUCUAUACAGCAGUGGCCAAAAUUGUGGAAAGCUUUUGGGAAAAGUGUAUUUUCUAAAACUAGCUAAUAACACCUCUCUUUUUUUUGGAGUAGUACCAUAAAAUUAUAUAUCAAUGGAAAGAUAAUUUAAUCAAGAAUGUCAUGCAAUCACUUUUAUGAAGGAUUUGCUAUUAGAAUAGCAAUUACAGUAUAAAGAAGAAAAGUGAAACACGUAGAAAAACCGAGAUAUACAAAAAUCAUCACCAUAGAAAAACCGAGAUAUAAAAAAAUUAUCACCAUAGAAAAACCGAGAUAUACAAAAAUAAUCACCAUGUCAGUUGAUACUUUGUUGGGUAACCUUUAGCGUGAAUGACGGCCUUACAAGGUCUUCCCAUGGAGUGAACCAAGUCUUUUAGUUCUGCAGCUGUUCUAAUGUGAAGCCAAGAUUGAAUGAUGGCUUCUCUUAACUGGGUUUUAUUGCUGGGUCACUUCUGAGAAGUUUCUUUAGUUGGCUCCAUAGAUUUUCAAUUAAGAUAUGGGAUUUUCAAUUAAGGUCUGGGCUAUUCCCAGGCCAUUCCAGCAGUGGAAUAGGAUUAUCUUGAAACUCAAAAAAAAAAAAAAAAAAGUGUUAUUAGCCAUCAAACCUCAAAAAUACACUUUCCCCAAAAGGUUUCCACAAUUUUGGCCACUACUGUAGUUAUCACGGAGAAUUUCUAGAUUUUCAUGACAAAUCAAGUUCCUUUUUAAGAUUAAAUUUAUAAAAUCACUGUGAAAUCAUGUCGUUGCUUUCUGUAAAAAUUUUACUGGGCCCUAAAAAUACUGGAUGUUUCUGUGCCAUUUAUAUUGCUACCUGUGCCUAUGAUACUUGAUAAUUAACACACCAGAAGGGUUAUUUUGGUGGAAUAUUUAUAUUUCAAUAGUGAUUCUCAGGUGUUUCAUCUCUUUAAUAAUGCAGCUCAUUUUUUUUAAGGUAGAGUUACAGGAAGCAUUAAGUGUGCAGUUCUGUGUGUGACGUUUUCCCUCUUCUCUGAUUUAAAAUGAAGAGCCUUCCAAAGCUCACCUUUCUUGUACUUUAAUCAAAUAAAUGACAUUAUAGU